GCUCGGCCAGCAGCGGAACUUCCGGUGCGAGUGGACCUGGGACAGCGGAGCGUAUCUCUUCCAGUGUAUGUGUGGCAACAACAUGUCUGUGCCGCUGCUCACCGAGGCCGUCACGGUGUCUGGAAUGGAAAAGGAAACUGCUGCGGUGAUCUUCCUUCAUGGACUGGGAGACAGCGGGCAUGGGUGGGCUGACAGUUUGACGGGGAUCCGGCUGCCUCACGUCAAGUUUAUCUGCCCAAACGCGCCCAAAAUCCCAGUCACUCUGAACAUGAAAAUGACGAUGCCCGCAUGGUUUGACCUCAUGGGUCUCAGCCCCGACUCCCCAGAAGACGAAUCUGGAAUCAAGAAGGCAGCAGAGAACAUCAAGGCCAUAAUCGAUCAUGAGGCCAAAAACGGGAUCCCCCCACACCGUAUAAUUCUCGGCGGCUUCUCUCAGGGUGGAGCCCUGUCCUUGUAUACCGCCUUGACCUGCCAGCAUCAGCUGGCUGGCGUUGUAGCCCUCAGUUGCUGGCUUCCACUUCACAGCAGUUUCCCAUCGGCGUCGAGCGGUAAGAGGAACCUCCCGAUCCUGCAGUGCCACGGUGAGGCGGACAUCAUGAUCCCUAGGCAGUUUGGUUCCAUGACGGCAGAUAAACUCCAAACCAUAGUUAACCCUCAGCUGAUCACCUUUAAAACCUACCCAGGGCUCGCUCACUGCUCCUGUCCUCAGGAGAUGGAGGCAGUAAAGGAAUUUAUCGAGAAGUAUUUGCCUCGAAUCUGACCUCACCUCAUCCCCACUGUGACCCCGGAGACACUCACCUCUCACCCCUGAUCUGCCAUUCUCUCACAGGAAACAGCCAUGAGCACCCCCCCCCCUUCCACAUACACACACACACACUUAGACAUAUGCACAUGUGAUAAUAAUGAUUUGAUCCACAGCGCUAAACGAACCAUGUGCUUGCCGUGCAGUGCAAUCCAACAACACUCAUACUGUAAACAAAUUUGUCAAACACACUGAUUGGAUAACAUCAUAAACAAGUGCUUGCACUCAGGAGUCUUAGCCUUUUGCAGGGAGAAACACUGAUUCCCACUCAAUACAUUCCCUUUGGUUUUAUUUAACAACCUCUUGUCUGUCGCUUCCAUCUUAACUUUAGUCAUUCUCCCAUUUUACUUAAUUCCACUUCAUUAAUUCCCUCUUUCUUCAGCUGUCACAGCCUCCAUUGCUACCACUGCCUCGCCUUUCCCAAUAAGAUUUGAGUCCGAUAAGUGAGUUAGCAGCUGAUACUGUCUGUGAGCACAUUAAGGUGCAGACAGACCUGCAGGUGGAAACCAGAAGCAAACCCUGGAAGGGUUUUAUAGGUGCGACAUAGAUACAAAAUCUUGAAGCAACUUGUUAGAGAAGGGCGGAUCAAAGAAAAUGCUCAUUAACCGAGCUAUUUCUUAUUAAAUCAAGCGGUUGAAUCUGGUUUGAGAGCAGCUCACUCCUCAGAGUCUGACUCAGGUGCAGUGAGGUUUAAACCAACCAUUCCACCAUCACCUUCUGUCCAGGUUUUCAAUCUUAAUCACUUAACUACAAACAGAACUUUUUAUUGAAGCACCAACAUCCAUGGGGGCCUCACGUUCCUUUUCUUUAGUGAGUGUGAGUAAAUAUGAAUUAUAUGAAGAAACAAAAAUUGAAAUAAAAAGAAAACGAAUCAAUUGAUA